GAUAGCGCGUGCCAGAAGAGGCAGAAGGAAAAUUUCUCGGAGUCCAUUCUUCUUUUGCCGGCUCCCGUCCUGCGACUCAGGGCUUUGUCUGUCCCAGCAGCUGAAGCAGAAGUGCCUCUGGACAUAGGAGCACUGGAUUACCGCUCCAGAUUAUAAUUUUUUUUUUCCUCCAGCACAACUAAAGUUAGCCCUAGGGACUGCAGGCUGACCAUCUGCCCGGUUCUGACAGGAUCUGAUUUGAGUCGAAUAAUUCUGCUGCCAGUAAGUGAAGAACUUUCCACGAAGUCCAGCCAUGUGUGGGUGAGAAAGCUCUUCAUCUAUGUGUGCUAAACUUUAGCUUUGUCAGUGUUUUUGUCUUCAGGAACAAGGCACAAGGGGAGGGGAAGGGAGAAGAGAGAAGGGGGGGGGGGGCAAAUAUGUCGGCAAUGUCGCAACGAUGACUUUGUCAGCCUCUUUCUGUAUCUUUUUGUGGAAACGUGACUGCGUCAAUUUACAUUUUUUACGGAUUUGUUGUGGUGUCAAUAUGUAUUUAGCGAAACAAACAUAAUGAAGGACAAACCAUGGACAGGUUGUGAGUGGACCAGAACUUAACCUCUUCCCUUACUGGAGGGUAACACACGGACACGUGAGGAACCUACUUGAAUUCUCGGUUCGCCGCGCAAGGUUUGACCCUUGACUUUUAUCUCUUUGUGCUGCUGGUAAAAAGACAAUCAUCCAGAGAGGGUCUCUUAGGCAAACAGAGACCCCCCUCCCAAAGGUGAGAGGGGGGGGAAGAUGGCAGCUCUUGCCAGUUCUCUCAUCAGACAAAAACGGGCAGUCAAGGAGGACCAAUCCAACCGGCCAGUAGCCAGCAAACGCAAGCCGUGCCCCAAGAGCAACAAGUCUCUUUGCCAGAAACAAAUUCUCGUUCUCAUAUCAAAAGUACGGUUAUGUGGCGGCCGCAGAGGAAGAACAGACAAAAGACCAGAGCCACAGCUAAAAGGCAUCGUCACCCGUCUGUACAGCCAGCACGGCUACUACCUGCAGAUGCUGCCGGAUGGCACCAUGGACGGCACAAGGGACGAGAACAGCUGCUUCUCACAGUUCAACUUGAUUCCUGUGGGUCUGCGGAUAGUGGCGAUUCAGGGAGCGAAGACUGGCUUUUACCUGGGCAUGAACAGCGAGGGAUACCUCUACACCUCCGAGAAUUUCAACCCAGAGUGCAAAUUCAAAGAGAGUGUGUUUGAGAACUACUAUGUGACGUACUCCUCCAUGCUGUACCGCCAAAGCCAGUCUGGACGCUCAUGGUACAUUGGCAUCAACCGGGAUGGCCAAGUAAUGAAGGGCAACCGUGUGAAGAAGACCAAAGCAGCCGCACACUUCCUACCUAAAGUCAUCGAAGUGGCCAUGUACAAGGAACCUUCACUGCAUGAGCUUGUAGCGGAGCAGAGUCCUCCACGCAAAACCGUAAAGACUUCAGACUCCCCGUCUCACAAGAAUGGCAGGAAAGAGGCCCCCAGAGCUGAUGCUUCAUAGCACAGGGGGCGCACGCAGGGAGGGUGAGGGACUACAUAGACACUGAGAACUCCAUUUUCCUUCAUGUAAUGAGGGCAGGAAGAGCUGUGUGAGCGGCUGUCAGUUGUGGGUUUUUGAACGGGGCAAGAUCAGAUGGACAAGUGGAGAAUCCCUGCCUCUCUCCAUCGAACCAGCUCACAUAUAUUUCCAGACCUGACCCCCCCGUAUGAUCCCAUAAUCCUCUGCAAAAACAUUUUUCCAUGCACCCAUGUGCCCUACUUGAGUUCUGUCACAGUGUCAGACGAAAAAUGCAAACAAUAUCCAUCCUAACUGAAGAAUUCAAUUGACUUUUCUUUCCCUACGGUUUCUUUUUGUUUGAACAAAGAGUUUUAGUGCAAGAAUAAAAGCGAAGGAGAGAGAGGUUAUUAUCCCAUAUCAUCAUAAUGAUUUCAGCAGAUGAGACCCUUGCUGGUUCAUUUUUUUUUCCUGCCAUCACUUUGCCAAAGGCUGCUCUGUGCCAGUCAGAACUAUACGAAGGAGCAUAGUAAAAUUAGUUUUUAUUGGACCAUUCAAUGAGGAUCCAGUUCUAAUGGUCAGCAGGUGUCCAUUGAUUUCUGCUGGACUGCUGCCAGGGAAGCCAGUGGUGUUGUGCAUAAUAUGUGAUUGGGCAGCUUUUGAAAUCAAACAUAAAUCUGUAGUUGUACUUCUUUCCACUGUCUGAUAUUCUCAAAACAACCCAAUGAGGAGGAUUAUGAAUUUAGAUUGAAUCCACAACUCAAAACACAUCUGUUUUUGGUUUAAUUAUGGCUACAACUGCGGACUGUAAGAUCCAAAAAAAAGAAAAAAAAAGAAAAAAAGAAAUUCUCGUGUGAAACUCUAUUCAUGUUUAAUGGCCAGUUGGCUUGAAGUGGCUUCUGUAUCAUUGGCAAACGAGUGAAGAUUAUUCGGGGCAGUUGUUUGAUAGCUCUUUGAUGGAAUUCUUACAGGGGAUUACAUGGAGUCGAGCCAUGAUUGCUUGAAUUAUUUACUCCUUUUCCCGGGAACGUUCCGCUUGUUCAAGCAGCUCGGACAAGAGAUUUUAAUAUGCAAAUUUAAAUUGCGGCAAGCUGAUCAAUGACGCAAUGUUUGUGUGCGUUUAGACGUGCGUAUUAGAGUGUGAAAGAGACAGAACGAUGUGAAAUGAACAUCUGCUUCCAUUAUUUAUUUGUGUGUGCGGCAGUCUGGACACACGUGUAAACGCAUUGGCUCGCACACCACAGUUGAUCAUUUUAAUGGCUCGGUAGAGUCUGGGCAUUUUAAUCUGCCUGGAGAUGUUGACUGAUGACCCUCUCCAGGUUUCAUAAUUGACACAUAACCAAGCGGAUGUGCUGUGACAUCCAGGAUCUCUUUGUAAUUCCACAGGCAUCUUAUCAGUUUACACACACCACACUCCGUUAGUUGUUUGCAAUGUGUGCGUUUGCAAGUGCAUUGGUCAACCAGCUUCCAAAUGGUGACCUUUUGUCCUACAGAAGGGAAGCAACCGCCUCUUAGAUGAUGACAUGCAUUUGUGGGCCAAUAGCAGUUGCUGAGGCUGUAGAAGGUAUGGCUUGCAUGUCUUUUGUUGGUUUUGCUGCUGUUCUGUCUGAGAAAGGUCAUUUGUUAAUUCUUAUUUGUGUUCACAUAGACGUUCACAUAGAUCUCUUUGAGCUGUGCCCUAACAUCUGACCAGCAAGAAAAAGAAAAAAAGAAAUAAAUACAUACAUAAAAUGAAUCAAUAUUUGACUAACAAUUAAAUCAAAGGACAUAAAAUAUUUUGGAAAAUGCAUCAGGAAGUAGGAAGAAUGUAUAGUGGAUGUUAGUGAGGGUUUGUGCAAGUUGCAGAAAGUGUUUAGCAUGUUGAAGCAAGGUACGUGUAUGUGUCUCAAUGAAAGUUAUUAGCAAGUUGAAUAUUAAAGGAAUAUUCCAGUUCAACUGAAUUGAAUGAACAGCAGAUGUGGCAUAAUGUUGAUUUAACUAAGAAUGCAUUUAAAUCUUUUCCUAAUUUUCUUCAAAAAAAAAAAAAAAAAAAAAAAAAAAAAUUUGUACACUAAAAUCAUGUUAACAUGCACAUUUUUAUAUCUUGUGCCGUUUUAUUAAAGAAAGAUUAUAUUGAAAUUUAUCCUCUUCACUUUCAUUGUAAGUGCUUCACUGAUUUUUGUUGCUUCUACUUUUUUUUCUUUAGAGAAAAGGGGGGACAAUUGAAAAUACAUUUUUGUGUUAAUCAACAUAAUGCCACAAGUGCUGUUCAUUGCACUUAACUUGUAUUGAGCCUGGAACAUUCCUGUAAUGUGUAGCAUGAGAAAGGCUGGAGAAAGUUUGGUUAUGCAUGACGAGAUUUGGGAUGAAGACAAUUUGCUGGCUGCGAGAGUCUGUGAAAAUCCUGAGGGCAGCUCUGUGAUUGAAGUUAGCUGGUGGAGAGGAAGACGACAUUCGAUUAUGAGGAGCAAAACCAGAAGAUCAUUAAGUUGGAUUCUUGGAGGAGAACGUGUGCUUUGGUGCUAAUGAUGAGAGUGAGAUCCGACACAAAUUCUUGCCGAUUGAGAGGAAGUUGAGGAACAUAGUCUCUCUGAGGAUGGGGGGAGGAGAACGCGUUAUGUGUAGCGUAUCUACCUGACGCUAAGAACACAACGAUGAAUGUUGCGCAAAUAUGUCCCCUCAUGUGUGCUCCAAAGUCAUGCUCCAUUUCCUGAGCAAUCUCCACAAACCCUCUCCUGUGUGUCCAGUGGCUAUUAACCUUCCCUCCAGCUCUGUGUGUGUAUGUGUACGAGUGAGUGAGAGAGAGAGAGAGAGAGAGAGAGAGAGGUAACGAUCGAUUGACUCAAUAAAAGCCAAACUGGAGAGCAAUAGCCCAGCGCUGUGAGCAAUAAUUUCCCUGUUCAACUGAGGAACUCGAGGACAUUAGCAGACGAUGAACUGAGAUGAUUUUUUUAUUUCUUUAUUUUUUGUGGGACUUUAUCCAGUGGGAGAGAAAGCGGCAGAAGAAAGGACAACAUGGAGAUAAAGUGACAUCCAGAUCGCAAACCCAAUUUGGGUAUUGUCAAAUGGGCCUUGCUCGCUCGCUCCCCCUCUAUUGCUUCUGUCCAGACCUGGUUUUGCUGUGAAUUUGCUAGUAUUAUAUCUCUCCUGACUCUCGCUCUCUCUUUUAAAUCAGGGCAAGUUCUCAAGGACACACUGAGUCCACCCUCUGUUUCAUUUGCCCUCAAUUCAAGCAUGCAAAAAGAGCGAGCUGAUCAAGGGAACACUUAUGAAAUUUUCAUGCUGUAUUUUUGUGAUGAAAAAGAGAUUUCAUAAUAUCUAUCUCAGAGAAGUAAAAGAGAACAAUAUGUGUAUAUAAAUCAAAGAAUGAUUAAAAAGUAAUAUUAAAUGCAAUAAAGCAGUGAUGACAGUACUGUAAAUGGGUGCUUUUGGGGAGAUGGACUGCCUGGUCUUGCCAAACCUGCUGUGAGCCAUAAGGACUUUGGACAUGUACAGAUUUGAGUUCCUUUUUGUAUUUGUUUUUAUUAAAUUGUAAUAUUAAUUGCAACCGAAGGCCAUUUUACCCACAGUAAAAAAAAAAAAAAAUUGUCAUUUUAAAGAACUGAUGGGUACUUGUAAUUUGCUUUUAUAUUUAGUGGAAAAUAUGUAUGAACCUGAAACCUUGUAUUUGUUUGAUUGUUUUCUUUUACUGCUAUAUUUUCCCUUGUGCAAACUUGUUUUUUAUGCUUUUUUUUCUUGUUAAUGGACUAAUUGGACUUUUAAGACCUCCUCACCCAUACUUAAAUACAUGAUUUGUGACUUAAGCAAAAAAGAAAAAAAAAAUACUCAAACUAAAAGCCAACGCACCUUUUUCUGAACAGGUCUUCCAAACGAAAUGAAAAGAAAACAAGCCAGUCCUUUUCUUCCCUAUCCUCUUGUCUUCCGAAAAAGCAAAGUCUUCCACUAGCCAGGGCUUGCCUGAGUGUGGCAAUAACUGCCAAACAGAAUGUGGCUUCCUGCUUAAGCCCCGCCCCUGAUCUUACAGUGGAUGCAGGAACAGGCUGAUUGGCUGCAGCCACUGGAGGCGGAGCUACACACACCUCAGCAUGGAGGCCUGCGUGGAGACUCACCGAAGGCUGACCAUAGACCAACAGCCUGGGUCAUUUGGCCAUCCCCUGCGCCCCUAACCAGCAUGGCAGACGUGCUGCUCUGAAAGCCGACACACCUGGGAGAGUACUGGGACUCUACUGCAUGCAUCCCACUUCGGAAAUACUAGGCAAUGACUCCCCUUUACAGAGCACAGGAUCUCCUUAGCACCUUCUCCUGGCCUCUAACUUGACAUCCUGUGUACGUUUCUAGAGCAAUUAUACAUCUCUGGGUUAGGAGGAGGAAGGGGGUGUGUCUUAUUACUACAUAUUACUGAAUAAACAGUUAUAUUUGUAUUAUUGUAA